UGCCGGAUCAGUCUGCUGCAAAACUCUCAGUGCUUCAAAUCGCUCUACAAAAUGAACGCGUACUUCGUGUUGGCCCUGGUGCCGAUGGCUUUGUGUGUUGCAAAUAGUAAUAGCUGGCAGCGCACUGGAGUAUCUGAAUGCGAGUCGGAAGACUCCGACUGGUUCCAUUGCUGGGAGAGCAACGUGAUGGAGGGCACCUGCACGGGAGAGCCGAAUAGCGCCUGGAUACGCAACACUGAGGUGUGCAACGGACUGGUGGACUGUCCGAAUGGCGAGGACGAGUCGAUUGUGCAUUGCAAGCGGGAGCCAAGCGAAUUGCAAGCCUGGUAUUUCUACUGUGCCACGGGGGCAGUGCUUGAACUGUCGAAGAAGUGUGACGGAAAAGUCGACUGCUCCGACGGAUCGGAUGAGAUGCCAACGAUGUGCCAGCCCGCGAUGAAGAAACCCCGUUGGAGAACCUGUAACAAAGAUGGCUUAUUUUUGUGCCGUCCAGGAAAAUGUGCACCUGCAAAGAGCGAUUGCGAUGGUAAAUACGACUGUCGCAAUGGGUUCGACGAAUCCAUCGAAGUCUGCUAUCAGCAGUGGCACAACGAGACGCAGUUCCAGUGCGGCAAUGGCCGCAUAAUAGCCACUGAACUUACCUGCAAUGGUGUUCACGAUUGCAUCGAUGGCUCGGAUGAGCUGUCAAACGUUUGUGGUACGGACACAGCCCCGAACAAAUGUGUGGAGCCACCAGCGCCGCUCUCCUUCACACUGGACACCAAAUAUCAUCGUGGCGUCAGAGGAACUAAAUAUGUUUUGCCCAACGAAGUGGUGAAGGUGCAGUGUAUACCCUCGCAUCGCUUCGCUGACAGCCUACGGACCGAGUGGAAUGUCUGCGAAGCGAAUGGUCAAUGGGCAUUCCGUUGGCCAAUUUGUAUACGAUCGAAAUAUUGGGAAAAUUAAAGCAACGAAUAUUUAAAGCAAAA